AAAUCACUGGCAUAAAUUAACCAACAGGAAAAUGAAGCAAGAUCAACAAUAUGACCAAGACUUUCAUGAUAAAGUUGCCAAAUUGGCUUGUGCCCAUUUUAAUAAUUUGCCGAAGAAGGGAAAACCACUCACUAACCAGUGGACAACAUUAGCAGCAAUUGUUCAAUCCUCCUCUUUGUCGUUACCAUCAUCAUCUACAGUGAUCCAUGAUGAAAUUGUGGUUUCAUGUGCUACAGGCACUAAAUGUUUGGGACAACUCGAACUAUCUCCAAAUGGGGACUUGAUAAGCGAUUCUCACGCUGAAGUUCUAUCCAGGCGUUCAUUUCUACUAUAUUUAUUUGACCAACUUCAGUUAUGCGCAUCCAAAUCUCAAAAUUCUAUUUUCCAUCAAAUUUCAACAAUUUGUUCAACAUCGACACCAUCGGCUUUGCUAACAAGUUUUCCACAGUACAAACUACGUAAUGGAAUUGAAUUUCACUUGUUUGUAAGCCAAGUACCUUGUGGCGACGCUUCAAUCAUACUUGAAAAGGAUGACAAUGAUUCAUAUACUUCACAAGAGUCAACAGCAUCAGCAGAAACUUCCGAUGAUGAUGGCGAAUCUGAACCCAAGAAACUUAAACUAGAAAUAUCCAACCGAACCGGAGCAAAAUUACAAGUUGGUCAAUUGAUUUAUGAGGAAAUCCAAACUAUUGGGAAAUGCCGUGUAAAACCUGGAAAAGGAAAUCCUACACUAUGCAUGUCAUGUUCUGAUAAGAUUGCGAAAUGGCAAAUUCUCGGACUUCAAGGCUGCCUUCUUUCAAAUAUUAUUCCGAUUCCGAUUCGAUUUUCUUCAAUUACAAUAGGUGCUUCUGUUCCAUUCAAGAUGACAUCAUUGGCACGUGCAGUUAACCAACGAUUCAUAGACCAACUACAAGACAUCAAGGAUGACGAGUUUAAACCUUUGUUAAAUGGAUAUACUAUCCCUAUCAUCGGUCAGUCAAACGUAAAUUUUAGUAAUUGCUUUGAUCCGUCAUUAGAGAUUAGGCCAAAUCCCAGCCCUUCUAGCAUAAUUUGGUAUCUUGCUAGUAAUAAUUUAAUAGACGAUGCUACUGGCAGUGUGCAAGUUAGUGUCAACGGGAGGAAGCAAGGAGCUACUAAAAAACAAUUCGGGACUCCAUCGGCCAUGGUUAAUAUCUGCAGAAGAAAUAUUUUUAAACGGUUCACUGACGAUUACGUGAAAUACCAAAGUCCCGAUAAAUUCUUGACAUAUUUGGAAGCAAAGCAACUCAAUCAAAUGUAUCAAAAGUGUUGGUCCAUAAUCAAGUCUCAUGUUUUGAUAAAUUGGACAAAUAAGCCAGAUAACAUGCAGAUUUUUAAUUUAAAGUAAUAAUUAAAUUGUAUAUCUACAAUGAUUACAUUUCUAUAUUUCUAAAACUUAUAAACUAUCUAUGUACAUAUUACAUAUGCAUAAAUGAAAAUAAAAGUACUCGAUAUGACUUUGUAUACUAUGUAACUCUUAAAAAAUGAACGUUAGUUGUUUAUGUUAAGUUUCGGGUUGUUUAUUAAAGUUUAUGAUAAGUUUGUUCACUUCCUUGUUUGUGGUGACCACAUUAUUCUUAAACUACUAAAUCUUAAUAAAAUUAAAUGUGUAACUAUAUUCUGAUCUCAAUAUUAUAUACCAGCUUAUUUAGAUUUGAAGAUGGGAAAUCGUAUAUUAAAUUUUAUGUUUCACAUA